GGUUAAGUUAACUGUGAGCGAGUGGGAGUAAGUCGUUUAGGAAGCUAUAUGUUAGCGUUUGUUGGUGUGUAAACGUAUUUCCGAUUUAAUUUGUGCUCUAGGUUAACCAUGGCUGGGUGCCUAGAAAAUGUGCAGCUACCUCCGUGUGUAUGGUUCGAAGGAGAUGAUAAAAGAAACGCAGUUGCAUCAAUUGCAGCGGGUGUACUUUUUUUCACCGGCUGGUGGUUCAUCAUAGAUGUCCAAGCAGCGUAUCCACAAAACGAGGAGUUUAAUAAAGCGUAUCACGUCUGUGGUGUCUUCGGAACUCUCUCCUUGUUUAUGAUCAAUUCUGUUUCUAAUGCCCAAAUUCGGGGGGAUGCCUACUCUGGUGGCUGCUUUGGCUCUCGCGGCGCCAGAUUCUGGCUUUUUGGUGGUUUUGUAAUGGGUUUUGGAGCUGUGAUUGCAUCUUGCUGGAUUUUGUUUGCUGAUUAUGUUGCUUAUGGUGAAGGAAAACAGUCUACAUGGCCAGGAGUGGGUCUUUUCCUACAGAAUUCCUUCAUUUUCAUUGGUUCACUGGUAUUUAAAUUUGGAAGAUCAGAGGAUCAUUGGAAUUAACUAAUAAAAAAUUUUUGUCUUGACCUUUCUUAUGUUACAUGUAAGUUACUGUGGUAUUCGGUGGAGAAAUUGGAUUGCCAUGAUCUGGUGUGAUAUCUUACUAUAGGAGAAGUAUAAAGUAGAAGACUGGAUUGUAAUCUAAGAGACAUACUGGUGGUAAACCUCUUGUCACCUUUCAUCUACUUUAAAAAUAGUGGUUAGUUUUCUGUACUUGGAAUUACCAUUUUCACACCUACUGUCAACAUUCACAAGUGGACAUUUCCACUGUUUUAGUUGCUAAAAUCAUGUAUGUGCAUCAUUCUCUUGAAUUCUAAAUUUAAAAAAGUAUGUAUGGUAUUUCCAGGUAAGAAUGUUGUAUGGAGUGUAACAAUUCCAGAAUCACAGGCUUAUUCUGACAUGUAUUCAGACAGCAUGCAGUAUAUUCGUACUGAUUUUGUCAUAUUCUCCUGAAUACACUCAUUUAGUGUCUCAGUUGUUUGUGAAUGUUAGGCAUACACAGCAGAUUUCAAAUGAACCCAGAAGAGAAGGUCUAGAGGAGGUAGGCCUUGUGAUCCAAGGUGAAAUUCCACUGCUCUGUGGUGGCAUCUAUUUUCCUAGUAUCGUGGCAUUUAAUUAGUUUUUUGCAGAGAGUGUUGAAGGCAAAAUGUGGAAGUUUCCCAUCCUGCUGAAGCCAGAAGUACUGUAAUGUUACAAGCAGCAUGUCAUCUGAGUAAGGUUUCAAGACUUUAUUCAACAUUCCCACCUAUGUUUCUGCAUUUACAAAAGCAUGAGAAAUGAGUAUGGUCCAAGCAAUGUUACAUGGAUGCCACAACAGACCAGUACCUUCGGAUCAUUCUGAACACGGGUCUCUGUGAACCAGUGGGAGUUCCCAUUCAUCCAAUAAUG